AUGAGUGAACCCACCGUCGCCUUCAAGAAGUCGCGGCCCAAGACAGCGUCGCGGCUCAAGCUACAGCAUAGCUACAGAGAUGAAGAUGACGAGUCUGCUCAAGAAGAUGCAUCAUCUUCCAUUGUGCGGCCCAAAAAGGUGACGAGCCAGCUAGCGAGUAGGUCGACCUUCAAAAGUGCUUUGAGUCGCAGUCGUCAGACAGAGUCAGCCGCUUCCUCUGCGCUCGUCUCUGAGGAUGAGGCGUCAAGACCAGCUGCACGGUCUAUCUACUCUUCUGAUUACUUAUCAGAUUUGCAAAAGUCCACACCCCGGACACCCGAUGAGUUCCGAGUGGAUUCAGGUACAACGCUUUCUAUGGCGAUUGAUGCAGCAGAUGUGCACAGUAGCGCGAUACUGGAUGCAUAUGGCAUAGAGCAGCUGAUGCGGCAGCGGGAGAAGCCAGCGGACACACCUGAUGGGUUCAUUGCAGUUGACAAUCACGUCAAUCGUCUACAAAGUUGUAUUAGGGCUGGAGAUGCCGAUGCUUCCUACGACGACGAAGGACAAUCAUGCAUCCUGUUUGGUGCUGCUGAAGCAUCCGUGCAUGAUCGUCUUCGCAAAACGCAAAUCGAAGAUGCCCUCGACACACUGCAAGACACUGUGGACGUAGACCAACGAAAGUCUGCGAAGCCUGCCAUCACUUUUCUGAGUGGUUCUGAUGCAAGUAGCAGUGAUGAGGAUGAUGCAGCUUGGGAAGCGACGCAGAUCAAAAAAGCAACCAUCCAUCGAAUCUCUGAUCUCGCCGGCCUCUCCACGCCCAAUGGCCCUGCACUAUUGACGGGCGAUGAGCCAAGUAUGUCAUCGUCGGGCCUGCUGCAAAACACCAAUGCAGCGGGCGUCCGUGUGUUCCAAGGUCCACCUGUACCCACAUUCACACCGCUUGCUACGUUUCCUCAAAUGCUCUCGGCCAUGCAGGCCAAGCUUGCGCAAACACGCACACGCUUGCAGACACAGGAGCAGCAACUCACUGAGCUUGAGCAGGAAGCAGCAGGCAUUCGUGAAGAGGAGGCGAUUAUCAAGGGCAAACUGGGGCAAGCUUCUGUAGAUUACCAACGACUACGUUUGGAGGUUGGAGGAUUGGAUGCAAUGCAUAUGUAG